AUGCAACGACGUGUAAAUUCCUUGUCGACUUUUCUCGCAAAGAAUUCUUCACGAGCAUUGAUUUCAUCAAGAGGCCUCUUCGGAAUGGGAAAUCUUCCAACGAUCAAAUCAUUCUCUAUCGGAAUGAUGAAUUUAGAAGCCAAGAAAUCUGAAAUUGAUGUUUUGGCAUUGAUUUCAGAUAAACCAUUCAAGAAGGAAAUUGCUGAUGUUCUAAUGGCUCCACUCGAUAACAAGGACAUUGAAGUGUUGCCAGAAGGAAGCCUAUUUUUACCUGAAAUUAAGUAUAGAAGAAUUUUAAACAAGGCAUUCAUGCCAGGAGGAUGGUCACUCAUUCCAAUAGGAUCUUAUAAUAUCAUGGAUAAGUGUAUUGUUCAAGAGUAUGCCUUAAUUUGCAAUGGACAAUUUGUGUCUCAAGUCUACGGAGAGCAAACAUUUGAUCCAAGUGAGCAAAGCUUCAAAACACUUGGAACUGCUCUUGAAGGAUGUAAAUCAAACGCUUUGAUGAGAUGUUGUAAAGAUUUGGGAAUUGGUUCAGAACUAUGGGAUCCAAAUUUUGUUAGAGAAUGGAAAAAGCAAAACGUAGUUGCAGUUUUGUGUGAAAAUGUCAAGAACAAAACCAUAAAGGUCUUGUAUCGAAGAAAAGAUAGACCUGCAUUCCAAUAUCCAUACACUGAAAAACAAAUCAUUAACCAACAAUAUUAA